AUGGCCUCUACCGAUCAACAGAGCCACUACAAGCUGUCCCAGGUUGAGAUCGACCACUUUAUGCAGCAUGGCUACAUCCGCCUAACCAACUGCUUCUCUCGGGACAAGGCAGCCGAGUGGACCGCAGACGUCUGGACGCGACUCGGCUACUCCCCGACAGACAAGUCAACCUGGGCCGCCGAACGAAUUAAUAUGCCCGAGCACAAGUCGGAGCCCGUUCAGACCUUCGCCCCUAAAGCAUGGGCCGCCAUUUGCGAGCUGCUCGGCGGCGAGGACCGCGUGGCGGCGCACUCGGCCACCUGGAACGACGCCCUGAUCGUCAAUCUAGGCACGGAGGAAUCCGAGGGGAAAUUACACCAUCCAUCUGAGCUCAAUGGAUGGCAUGUCGAUGGUGACUUUUUCAUUCAUUUUCUCGAUUCGCCCGAGCAGGGGUUGCUAGUCAUCCCCUUGUUUACCGAUAUCAAAGAACAUGCCGGUGGCACUGCGGUCUGCUCUGAUGCCAUCAAAAAGAUUGCCCAGCACUUGUACAAUCAUCCGGAAGGGGUAUCCCCAUACAUGGUUCCUCGAGGCCAGCCCGAUGGCCGGAAGGGUGAGUUCUACGAAGAUAUCGUUAAGCAGUGCCAUGAAUUCCACGAGAUGACUGGCAAUGUGGGAGACGUGAUUCUACUUCAUCCGUUCAUGCUUCAUUCCGCUUCGGUCAACAGCCUGAGAAUUCCACGCAUCAUCACCAACCCUCCAGUCUCACUGAAUGCGCCUUUCAACUUCGACCGUGAAGAUCCAAACAAGUACAGUAUUGUCGAAAGAAAGACCCUGCAGGAGCUGGGAAAAGAUCGCCUCCAAGGCUGGACUAUCAAAGGCGCCCGGGAAGCUGUAACUCCCCUCAGAAUCCAGGCCCAGCAACGGAUGAAAGAGCAGGAACUAGAACGACUCAAGGCAUCCCCUGAGACUACAGGUCUGUUAGCCCCCACCCCAUCUAAAAUUCCUUUGAAUACCAAGCCGGGUCGAGCUAUGCGUGUCCGCGAUCGAUGCAGCCUCAUGUGA